AAUUUCCGGUACGGUAUCACGGUUCGGAACCAACCGGGUUCGGAUCGAUUCGGUUGAAGCAAUCAAGAACCUAAACUUAGUCGGUUAGGGUAUAUAAAGAAUUGGAAGGGGGAGUUAAUUUUGUUUCUGGGAGAAUUUGGGGGCGGGGGCAGUGAGAGGUUUCUUUCGUUUGCCCAUUCGCCCUACUUCAUUCUGUCUGCUGCUCUGCCCAAAAAUUAAGCUUUUGGGUUCUGUAAAACGUUAGGGUUGGGUGAGAAUGUCUGACGAGGUGAUGAAGGAAGAAGGCAGUGACACCUUGAGUGUUAAGGAACUCGAUGUUGUUCUACCACGGUACCAGCCGUUUAAUGGAUAUACAUCACCCUUCGACUUUAUUUUACCACCGUACAAACAGUUUCAUGGAUCAGUUUGUAAACCUCCUCCUCCCCAAGAGCUGAUUCCCAUUAAGGAGGCCGAGGCAGAGCUCGAAAACUUGCACCUUCCUAGUUCUGAAAAGGAGGAUUUUGAUGCUGUUCUACCACUGGAUUUAAUGAUAUCACCAUCAUUGAAUGCGAAUCUACCACUGGAUUUAAUGGUAUCACCAUCAAUGAAUCCGAACUCUACACCAGAUUAUGACUUCUCCAAUUAUCCUCAGUUCAGUGCUCCUUGUCAAGUAACUUAUACUCCCACUCCUCCCGGCGGUCACUUGGUUUUGUCUUACAACCGCCGUAAUGAUGCUUUGUAUGCGGAGCCUCUGCUCUGCGCCAAAAUUGGACUUCAUUGCUACAAUCUCGAAAAUGGGACUAACUUUGAACGUUUGGGUGUGCCUGAAGUAGCUAAGCACACCGGAAUGUUGACAUUAGAUGCAUGUGAUCCAGCAAGAGAUUGCCUCUGCAAGUUUGAAACAAAAGUUUGGUAUCCCACUGAGAAUAAAGAUUGCUUCCAUGUUAUCACAUCCCGCUGCAGAACCUUGCCCCCACCUCCUCCAGAGGAGGAGGAAAAGGAAGAAAGUGGAUUUGACACACUUUCCGUGGAUGAACUAUUCAAAGGCAACAUGCCCGAUUGGUUGCCUGGUGACAGUAAGCUGCUUUACUACGAGAUGAAAGAAUCAGAGGUGGAACAAGCCAAAGAAUGGCUCCUUCUUUACGCUGAACUAGCCUGGUACACCAAGAAGCAGAUGGACCCGUUCAUGUUUGAGUAUGGAAAGCCACUUGAGCUGCGAAAGAUUACUGUUCAAACCAAAGAAGUUGUCGACUCAAUGAAAAACGUAAAGUUGGAUAAUGCAGUUUUCUACAUUAGCUUCCGGACAAGGUGCGGUGUUGUAUGCAAAGGUGUCAUAAGGAGAACAAGGGAUGGGAGGCCCGAGCAUUUAUCCCUUGAAGCCAAGUGUUUCAUGUGAUGUGUGAGCGGCUGAGAGUAAUCAAGUAACGUAUGUGUUCUAUCUAGCAAGUAUUUAUAGUUAAUUUAACGCCUUGUCCAAUAUUCAUCGUACUUGUUUCUAAUAAAGACAUGAUAAGCUUUUGUUGCCUUUAUUUUUAUCCCUAAAGAUUCUGUGUCAUGUUGUCUUUUAGACUUGUAUCAUAUUUUAUACGAUCAUAUGGUCGAGCUAUCACUC